AUGAUAAUCGUCUUCAUUCUCGUCCUCAUCGACAUCACCAUUCUCAGCGCCUGGCACCUCUUCGAUCCCAUUUCCGUCGUCAGUGAGAACAUCAAGGAGCACGUCAUCCCGACAACGCAGGAUCAUCAAGGUCCCAAGGCAACCAUUAGCAGGACCCAUUACGGAGACAUUCCUUCGACCAAGAGCCAAAAAGUGACGGAUGAAGACACGCACACCACAAUCCACAGCAACAACUUCUGUUACUCAGAAAACAUGUGGUACUACGCCGCAGCUAUGUGGGGUGUCAAAGCUCAGUUAAACGCAGAGUUACUCACAAUUUAUUUUCUAUUAGAUUGCUAUUUAAACUUUCCUGUCACAGAGGCUGUACACCACGCCACACCUCGCUACGCCACACCACACUACACCACACCACAACACACGACGCGCAUGCAUGGCAUCAUAAUACGCGCGUAUAGGCUGUACACCACACCAAACCACGCCACGCCACACCACACAACAACACGCCACACCACGCCACACCACGCCACACCACACCACGCCACACCACACGACACCACACCACAAGAUGCACAUAACAUAACAUAA